AUGACGGCUGUCAAAGAUGCCACAGAUGACUAUUUUCGCCACAAGAGUGAUGAUCAAGUGAAUAAUCGGCAGUCUGAAGUGCUCAUCGAUGGCAAGGAAACGAACCUUAAAGUCCGCCACGCACUAUCAGUUACCUCAGAACUUGGAGCAGAUAUUAGCAGACUUGCAAAAUUUGAUGGGAUUGUGGUCUGUGAGGCACCUAAUAACAAAUUAGAUAAAUUCACGGGAGUCCUCUCUUGGAAAGACAGCAAGCACUCCCUCAACAACGAGAAGAUCAUCCUGAGGGGCUGCGUCCUGAGGAACACCGGCUGGUGUUUUGGCAUGGUUGUUUUUGCAGGUCCUGACACUAAACUAAUGCAGAACAGUGGUAAGACAAAGUUUAAAAGGACAAGUAUUGAUAGACUGAUGAAUACUCUAGUACUAUGGAUCUUCGGGUUUCUGGUGUGCUUGGGAAUUAUUCUUGCAAUAGGAAAUUCAAUCUGGGAGAAUCAAGUUGGGGACAAAUUCAGAGCUUUCAUCUUCUGGAAAGAAGGGGAGAAGAACUCUGUUUUCUCAGGAUUCUUAACAUUCUGGUCAUAUAUUAUUAUUCUCAAUACAGUUGUACCCAUUUCAUUAUACGUGAGUGUGGAAGUAAUUCGUCUGGGACACAGUUAUUUUAUAAACUGGGAUCGGAAGAUGUAUUACUCUCUGAAAGCAACACCCGCUGAAGCUCGGACGACCACCCUCAAUGAGGAACUGGGCCAGAUCAAUUAUGUUUUCUCUGACAAAACGGGCACCCUCACUCAAAACAUCAUGACCUUUAAAAGAUGUUCCAUUAAUGGGAGAAUCUAUGGUGAAGUGCAUGAUGACCUGGGUCAGAAGACAGACAUAACUAAGAAAAAAGAGCCUGUGGAUUUCUCAGUCAACCCCCAAGCAGAUAGAACACUUGAGUUCUUUGACCAACGUCUGAUGGAAUCCAUUAAACUGGGUGAUCCCAAAGUACAUGAAUUCCUUAGGUUACUUGCGCUCUGCCACACCGUAAUGUCGGAGGAAAAUAGUGCAGGACAGCUGGUUUACCAAGUUCAGUCACCUGAUGAAGGGGCUCUAGUGACUGCUGCAAGAAAUUUUGGGUUCAUUUUUAAGUCUCGGACCCCAGAGACGAUAACCAUAGAAGAAUUGGGAACACUAGUUACUUACCAAUUGCUUGCCUUUUUGGAUUUCAACAAUAUCAGAAAAAGGAUGUCUGUCAUAGUUCGAAACCCGGAAGGACAGAUAAAGCUUUAUUGCAAAGGAGCAGAUACUAUUCUGUUUGAAAAACUUCAUCCAUCCAACGAGAACCUUCUGACUUUGACAUCAGACCAUCUCAGUGAAUUUGCAGGGGAAGGCCUUCGAACCUUGGCCAUUGCAUACAGAGAUCUGGAUGACAAGUACUUUAAAGAAUGGCAUAAGAUGCUCGAAGAUGCAAAUGCUACCACAGAUGAGAGAGAUGAACGGGUAGCUGGGCUGUAUGAAGAAAUUGAAAGGGAUUUGAUGCUACUAGGUGCCACUGCUGUAGAAGAUAAGUUACAAGAGGGUGUUAUUGAAACAGUUACAAAUUUAUCACUAGCCAAUAUUAAGAUCUGGGUCUUAACAGGAGACAAACAAGAAACUGCCAUCAACAUUGGCUAUGCCUGCAACAUGCUGACUGAUGAUAUGAGUGAUGUGUUCAUCAUAGCAGGGAACACGGUAGCGGAAGUCAGGGAAGAAGUCAGGAAAGCAAAAGAAAAUUUGUUUGGACAAAACAGAACUUUUUCCAAUGGCCAUGUAGUUUUUGAAAAAAAGGAGCAGCUGGAGAUGAACUCAGUUGUACAAGAAACCGUAACAGGAGAUUACGCCUUAGUCAUAAACGGCCACAGUUUGGCCCAUGCCCUAGAAAGUGACAUCAAGAAUGAUCUCCUAGAACUUGCCUGCAUGUGUAAGACUGUGGUCUGCUGCCGAGUCACCCCGCUCCAGAAAGCCCAAGUAGUAGAGCUGGUGAAGAAUCACAGAAAUGCUGUCACUUUGGCCAUAGGCGAUGGAGCCAAUGAUGUCAGCAUGAUCAAAAGUGCUCACAUUGGCGUUGGCAUCAGCGGCCAGGAAGGACUGCAGGCAGUCUUAGCCAGCGACUAUUCAUUUGCACAGUUUAGAUACCUCCAAAGGCUUCUCCUUGUUCAUGGAAGGUGGUCCUAUUUCCGAAUGUGCAAAUUCUUAUGCUAUUUCUUCUAUAAGAAUUUUGCAUUCACACUUGUGCAUUUCUGGUUUGGUUUCUUCUGUGGUUUCUCAGCCCAGACUGUUUAUGACCAGUGGUUCAUUACCCUCUUUAACAUUGUCUACACGUCACUGCCUGUUUUAGCCAUGGGGAUUUUUGACCAGGAUGUGAAUGACCAGAACAGCAUGGACUAUCCGCAGCUCUACGAACCUGGACAGCUGAAUUUACUUUUUAACAAGCGUAGAUUUUUAAUCUGCAUGGCACAUGGAAUCUACACCUCAUUAGCCCUUUUCUUCAUCCCCUUCGGGACCUUUUAUAACAUGGCUGGAGAAGAUGGGCAGCACAUUGCAGACUACCAGUCUUUUGCAGUUAUCAUAGCCACAUCCUUGGUCAUUGUGGUCAGUGUGCAGAUAGCCUUGGAUACCAGUUACUGGACUGUCAUUAAUCACGUCUUCAUCUGGGGCAGCAUUGCCACUUAUUUCUCCAUUUUAUUUACAAUGCACAGUAAUGGCAUCUUUGGCAUCUUCCCAAACCAGUUUCCAUUUGUUGGAAAUGCACGACAUUCCUUGACCCAGAAGUGCAUCUGGCUUGUUAUUCUCCUAACGACAGUGGCUUCAGCUAUGCCUGUGGUGGCAUUCAGAUUUUUGAGGGUGGCUUUGUUCCCAACCCUAAGUGAUCAGAUCCGUCAGUGGCAGAAGGCUCAAAAGAAGGCAAGGCCACUACGUAGGCGAAGGCCUCAGACUCGCAGAUCAAGCUCAAGAAGAUCUGGAUAUGCUUUUGCUCACCAAGAGGGCUAUGGAGAGCUUAUCACAUCUGGAAAAAAUAUGCGAGCUAAAAAUCCACCCCCAACAUCAGGGUUGGAAAAGACACUGUAUAAUAGCACUAGCUGGAUUGAAAAUUUAUGUAAGAAAACCACAGACACAGUGAGCAGCUUUAGCCAGGAUAAAACAGUGAAAUUGUGAGUCAGGAUGAAUUUGAACCACAUAUCUCUUCACUUCAGCUGGAGCUAAAAUUCAGCUGGCUCCUGAGUCUGGGAUCGGGGGCUGGGGGUGGGACAGAUUGCCUUACUUAAUUUAAAUCUGUGGCAGACAGCUGCUGGUGCCCAUCAAGAGGGGUGUACACUAUGAGAAACCAGGCCUAUUGGUCAUUGUCUAAUUCGUGAUUUGGUGGACAAAACCCUCACAAUACAAGCACAGGUUUUUAUCAACCUAGAUACCAAUCAACCUGAACUUCAGAAUCUUAUUUAUGGAGAAAAACUUGUAAAUCUGCAUAUACAAUGAAUGGAUCUUCAGGUGGAUAAAAGGGUGCAUUCAAAAGGUAUAUAUCCCAGCUGAAAAGCAUGCUUGUUGACAGAUAAACACAUACAUGUAAGAUCAGCCUUUCCCAGGAUACACCUUUAAGAUUUAAAAUGUGUACUAAGGUGCUUUCAGACUAAGAGCAGCUAGUCCCUCUCCAGUCUUGAUAUCUCUCUGUGUGUUCAGCUGGAACAACAAAUCUCCUUCCUGCCUGAAGAGUAGAAAAACAUGUUGGUGUUCCUCAUUUUUCUACUAGUCUAGAGACAAAGUAGAUUGAGCAUCUUUAUAGUGGGAUAGGCUGGUAAUUUGGUCAAAUAUAUUCAAAAAGCUCUCAGGGACUUGUUCAUGAAAUGUCAGAGGCUCUCUAGUAAGUAUUCUAAAUAGUUUUCAAUGACUUGUAUAACGACCUCAGUGGUAAUUUGCCCUGUGUCAUCCAAAAUCAUUAAUGGAACCAGCAAAGCGUUGGAAUUUCACACUUUAAUGAUAGUAUUUCAUGUAGUGUACGGGCAAUUACCUUCAAUAUUUCCAAUUUUAACAAGUUCACAUUUGAAACCAAACAGAUUAAUAAGCAAUCUCUUCAAUUGCUAUUUAAAUGCUCAGGCUUAGGUCAUUCAGAGUUAGUUUCAUUUGAUAAUCACAGUCAUGUUUGUAACUCAAACAUAGAAACAUAUAUAGAUAAAGUUGAUUUUUUGGAGAUGGUCCAGUCCAAAUUUUCAGUCCACAUGUGAGUCCCCAGUGUAGUUCCUGUAAAAGAAUUCAGGAGGAUUUGUGUUCAAACUCCAGCUCUAUUACGUCUUACCUCUAUCAUGUGGACAGGUAACGUGCCUCCUCUGAGACUUAGUUUCUUCCUCUGUAAAAUGAGGAUAUACUACCUGCCUCAUGUGGUUGUUUGAGGAUUGUCAAAGCACAAAUUCUCAAACCAUUAAAAACAUAAUUCUCAUAUGAAUAGAUGAUGAGUCAAGUUCCAUUUAACUCAUCAUCAGAAUAACAGAGCAGUUUGAAGAGAAUGUGAAGAACGGGAAUUUAAGUAAUCAGGGGGAAAGGCCUUGAUGAAAUGAGAUUGCAAAGUAAGGUAUAAAACUGUGUCCUACAGGGAAAUAAAACUGUGAUCUUGGAGGUAAAUUUCUCUAUCAGAAGCAAAAAUAAAUCAUCAUCAUGCCUUAUCAAUUUUCUACACGUCAACCUCCAACUUUACAGGGGCCUUAAUCUGAUCUCUAUUGAAUUAUUAGUCAAACAAAGUUAUAUUUCCCAGGAGAGUCAGAUGGCCCAUGAGUGGGCUUAAUGGAUAAUGGACUAGCAUGAUAUUAAUUGAUCACACAAUCCUUUCUUUUUGGCCUUAAUUUCCAAGUCUGGGAUAAUUUUUCCUAAAUGGGAUCAAAUGAGAUAUGUGUAAAAGAGCCUAAUACAGUGCUUUAAUCAUACUAGAUGCUCAUAGAUGUUUCCUUUUCCCCUACAUGCCUACAUAGACUUACCCAGAUGUUAGUUUUCAAUGUCUGAUUUGUCAUUAGUUUCACUGUGUUUGCUCGCUUUUUGUAACAUUUUUGAAAGAUUUGAAAACUUUUGGUAAAUAUUUUGGCACUAUUGGUA